GAGGUUCUGGCAGUGGCCCGCGGGCGACAGCUGCCAGUGUGAGGGGGCCCGUGGUCAGAGCGUGCCGUGGCCUUGGGGAGUGGGAAGUGGAGGUACGAGCCCUCCUUAUACUUCGCCAUGAGUUUCCUGAUCGACUCCAGCAUCAUGAUUACCUCCCAGAUAUUUUUCUUUGGCUUUGGGUGGCUUUUUUUCAUGCGACAACUGUUUAAGGACUACGAGGUGCGUCAGUAUGUGGUACAGGUGAUCUUCUCUGUGACUUUUGCAUUUUCUUGCACCAUGUUUGAGCUCAUCAUCUUUGAAAUCUUAGGAGUAUUGAAUAGCAGCUCCCGUUAUUUUCACUGGAAAAUGAACCUGUGUGUAAUUCUGUUGAUCCUGGUUUUCAUGGUGCCUUUUUACAUUGGCUAUUUUAUUGUGAGCAACAUCCGACUAUUGCAUAAACAGCGACUGCUUUUUUCCUGUCUCUUAUGGUUGACCUUUAUGUAUUUCUUCUGGAAACUAGGAGAUCCAUUUCCCAUUCUCAGCCCAAAACAUGGGAUCUUGUCCAUAGAACAACUCAUCAGCCGGGUAGGUGUGAUUGGGGUGACUCUCAUGGCUCUUCUUUCUGGAUUUGGUGCUGUCAACUGCCCAUACACUUACCUGUCCUACUUCCUCAGGAAUGUGACUGACACAGAUAUUGUAGCCCUGGAACGGCGACUACUCCAAACCAUGGAUAUGAUCAUAAGCAAAAAGAAAAGGAUGGCAAUGACACGGAGGACUAUGUUCCAGAAGGGGGAGGUGCAUAACAAACCAUCAGGAUUCUGGGGAAUGAUAAAGAGUGUUACCACUUCAGCACCAGGAAGUGAAAAUCUUACUCUUAUUCAACAGGAAGUGGAUGCUUUGGAAGAACUAAGCAGGCAGCUUUUUCUGGAAACGGCUGAUCUAUAUGCUACCAAGGAGAGAAUAGAAUACUCCAAAACUUUCAAGGGGAAAUAUUUUAAUUUUCUGGGUUACUUUUUCUCUAUUUACUGUGUUUGGAAAAUUUUCAUGGCAACCAUUAAUAUCGUUUUUGACCGAGUUGGGAAAACUGAUCCAGUCACAAGAGGCAUUGAGAUCACUGUGAAUUAUCUGGGGAUCCAAUUUGAUGUGAAGUUCUGGUCCCAACACAUUUCCUUCAUUCUGGUUGGAAUAAUCAUUGUCACAUCUAUCAGAGGACUGCUGAUCACUCUUACCAAGUUCUUUUAUGCCAUAUCCAGCAGUAAGUCCUCCAAUGUCAUUGUCCUGCUAUUAGCACAGAUAAUGGGCAUGUACUUCGUCUCCUCUGUGCUGCUGAUCCGAAUGAGCAUGCCUCUGGAGUACCGCACCAUAGUCACCGAGGUCCUUGGAGAGCUACAGUUCAACUUCUAUCACCGUUGGUUUGAUGUCAUCUUCCUGGUCAGUGCUCUCUCCAGCAUACUCUUCCUCUAUUUGGCCCACAAACAGGCACCAGAGAAGCAUAUGACACCUUGAACUCAUGCCUAUUAUAGACUGCUACAGGCCAGUGGUGUCAGAAUUUGGAUAUAAGAGGGAAAAAAUGGAGGGGACCGGGGCCUAACAUUUUUUAAACAAACAAAAUGUUGUGGUAGCCUAUUCUACCUCCAGCUUACACCUGCCUCCUCAGAUGAUACUGUAAUCAUGAGUAGCAUCAGCUACUCAUGAUCACAGAAAUGAGAGAGAGAAGUAACUCAAGCUAGUACUCAGCCAAGAGCACCCUGUUUGGGCUUGAGGCUGGUGCAGUAUGCCGGGUGGUGGGACUGGACAGAGCCAAGAAACUAAGGGGAGAGAAUACACUGGAAUUCUGGGCUAAGAGAGAUCUAAGGUAGCUGGGCCAAACACAUGAGAUUCUGUUCAAGUCAAGGAUCACAUGGAGAAGGUUAUAACGUUCCCUUGAGGUUGACUAUCAUUAAAAUCAGAGAUUGUUAACACUUUGGACUUAGCAUCAUUUUAUCAAGGAUAGCUUGGUUAAGAAGUUAUGCUUGUGUGAUCUAAUAUGAAUUGGCAUCCCACCCUUCCUCCCCAGCCCCUGUCCCCUUAAAAUAACCAAGAGGUUAUCUGUCCUGGGGAAGGAGUGGUAUGCAACUGAACUAGAGUCUACCAAGAGAGACUUCAAAGUAUGUCAUUUUUCUUGAUUUCCUUUCAACUUAUUAUUUAAAAGUGAAUUAUUCUAAAUUCAAGUCAGUGAUGAUAUCUCAUUUUUUCUUUUCAUCUGCCCCUCGUGCUGUGGGGUAAAACAGUGAAUAACUGUUAACUGGAAUAAGUCACUUUCCUAUCCUACGACUCAAUUUCUUCAUCUGUACAAGGAAGCUGUUGGAAAAUUUGUAGCACACUCAGAUAUGCAAUUUAAGAAAAUCCUGAAUUUUAUUACCAGGAAGUCUCUUUUUAUUACUAAGAUCUUAUUCUGAGUUUUAUUGUGUUUUGUGUUUCUAGAGGCAACAUGAAGGUUAAAGCAUAAAAAGUUUACCAAAAACAAAAGCACUAUUAAGGUUACAUCAGCUAACAGGCAAAAUUUAAGCAUACUCAAAAGGCAUUUUUAAUGGCAUUUAUUUUAGCAACAACAACAUUCUUACAAAGGAUAAUUUUAAUAGGCUUAUCUGCUCAGGUACUUUAGUUAACAGUUCUCACACAUACAAAUUUAUAAAUCAUCUUUGGUGCUCUAGGAACCUACAGAAGAGAUAACAGCAUACAGAGAAAUGUAGUUAAGUUGAAGCUUGAAAGAAAUCAAAUGAAAAGCAUCUGGCUCCUGCCUUAACUUUUCCUAAGUUGACCAUAAAUAAGCUAUCUAUCUGCAGUAGCCGCCCCUAAAACAGAUGACAACAGAAGACAAUCACACAUUGACAAACUGGUUUCCAGAGGAGUUCUUCUCUAACAGAGACAGUAAACCGGUGGUAGCUCAUUCCUUAGUAAAGGAUUCCUAUUAAAUACCCAGAAACAGCUAUCAGCCAAAGCUAUUGCUUGUUCUCAUCACAUCUCUGUAUCUUCAGAAUUGGAAGAAGAAUGAGAGGCUGUACUGUGGGCCUGUUCAAAAGAAAACAAAGGAUCUAUAAGUGGUAAGAGUGUGAACAUCAGGAGAUGGAUGAUCUAUUCUAGAGUUGCAUGACUUAAAUCAGGGAGUAGAGUCACUCACUAGAAGCCAGGUGACCUGAAUUCUAUACUUGGCUUUGUUUCCAGUUUGCUGUUUGACACUAACAUAUUUCUUAAUGUCCAUAUAUAUAUAAUUUCUUUUCUAUACAGUUAGCAUAGUACUAUAAUGACUUCCUAUAGAGUUAUUAUAGAAUUUUUUAAAGACACCUAGAAUACAAGGUCAAUGGCUAUCAUGUAUGCUAUGGUCUGCAAGUCUGUAUCUCCCUAAAAUGGGUAAGUUGAAAUCCUGUUCCCCAGGGUGAUGUUAUUAGGAGGUAGGGCCUUUGGGAGGUGAUUAGUUCAUGAGGGCAGAUCUCUCAUGAUUGAGAUUAGUGCCCUCAUAAAAGAGGCCUCCCGGAACUCCGCAGCCCCUUCUUCCAUGUAAGGCGUGGCCAAAGUCAGCAGUCUGCAACCUGGAAGAAGUCCUUCACCAGACACUGAAUCUGUCAGUGCCGUGAUCUUGGACUUCCCAGCCUCGAGAACUGUGAGAAAUAAAUGUCUGUUGUUUAUAAGCCAA